GCCACACAUAGACGUCCACUAAGUACAAUGAAAUACGGAACAAGGACAUGAAUAGUGAAGAAGGUUGCAGGUACUGCCUCUUAGUAACACGCGAUACCAGGUUUCCAGAGGAUUACCGUUUAAGUCUGCAUGUAGAUGUAACUGUGAUCAGCAACAAGAAGCAGCAAGAAAGGAGAAAACCAAUAACUAAAGAACUUCGGAAGAAAGUUUCUGCUUUACGGAACUCAACAGGCGGUGUGCUGUUUAUACAUAUCCAGCGAAUUGCCAAGACUGACAGGUCAUUGCACCAUCUGAAUGAAUACAUUGAUCCAACUCUGGAAACACUUCUUCACUGGGAUGAGCAGUUUGCUAAUAUCUAUAAAAAGAUUUGGUUGACUGAGAUUGAACCUAAUCACGCACAAGCACACGAAUUCGUGGUAUUAAGUGUUAAAGGUUCGUCCUUUCUUUGUACGGCAGAAUUCAAUACGUCUGUGAAUACUGAUUUCAGCAUUAAGUCUGCAACUGAAGGUGUGAUUCAGGACUUAUUGAAGUCAACUGACAUUCCACCUGGUGAACCUAAACUCGUGGGAGACGAAUUCAUAAAUGGUACAGCAAAUAGUCCAUCAUUUCAAGAAAGUAGAUGUUUACAGUUUAAACGUUGGAUGAAAGCUGACAUACUACACCUCUGGAACGAUUUAAAAUUGAAGAGUUAUCUAACUUCCUUCUCAAAGCUGCCAACGGGUGGUUCAAUCAUAUUUGGAAUAGAAGAAAACUCGGUACAGGAGCGUGUAUCAACAAGAGAUACAUACAACCGCGUGAAAAUAGAAUCGACUGGCUUGAAUAUUUCCAGUGAGGAACGUAGGGGCUUCCAACGAAGACUACAGGGGCUGAUUGAGAGGGAAAUUGUGAUAUCCCACACAUCUCCAGAUAAUGAAAGAAGGUUACCCUGGGAGUGUAAACUACAUAGAUUAGUGUCAGGAAAGUAUAUACUGGAGAUCGCUGUUGGAUACAUGUAUGGGUGUGUGUUCCAUGACUCAGGUCCCGAAGCCUAUAAAAUAAUAAAUAACAUAAUACAGAAAGUGGAUUUUGAAACCUGGCUACGAAUGAUCCAAUAUGGACAACACAAGUCUUCUAACGUGGCCUAGUAAUGAUCCGUUCCUUCCAAAGCUGAGACAAGAGGAUGGUUCCUUCAGAAAUAUUCGGGAAAGUUUCUUCAGUACAGGUCUUACUGUUUGGCCAAGUUUCAAGUCAUCCAGUCACCAGAAACUUCUGACAGAUCGACUGGAAACGACAUUCCACAAUCACAAAGAUGCAGCUGGUCUGUUGUACAUGAGUAACUCCCUUGUAGAACUACUGAAGACAGAGAAAGUAUCAGACGUUAAGAUACCCAGCGAUCUUCUGCUUGAAGCUCUGUAUGUUUCUUCAAGUCAAGCGGUGACGCUUCUGUGCGUCGUCAAAAACAAAAAUGAUGAAGUUGAAGAGAAGCAGAAGUACAUUCUGCAGCUGACAAGGAAAGUUACGAAGAGGAUUCGUCAGUUUACAGAUGAGCAUGUCAGUUGCAUAUACGGCCUUCUUGACUCCGAUGAACUUGUAGAUGAUGUGACUUUUAUUAAAGGUUUGUUGUCUAUGGAGAAGAAUGCCCGAGCAUACAAUAACCUGGCCUCUUUGAAAAUGACUCGAGAAAAAUGUGAGAAAGUGUUCAACGCCUUUAUUGUUGCUGUUGGUACGAUACAGCUGGUUCCUGGUGAGAAGGAAGAGGAAGAACUGUGGCUCCUCACAGAGGAAGAGUUCUAUGAGCGUAUCAAAAUCAUUGAAGGAACACAUGAGCAAAUUGAGGAGUUCACUGAGCAAGUACGCCUUAGGCAUCAAAUGUCCAGAACACUUACGGCAGUUAACACUGAUACACUGGGCAAUGGAGACAACAAAAAACCGAGGCUGAACCCGGAGGAAGACAGAAGAAAAUAUUGCAUUGGAUUUGAAAUGGUAAAAGCUCUACAGAAGAAGACCUCACACCAUCUGCAUCAUCUUCUGGAACUCAACAACAAGACUCAAGCAUGCUUAUCGCUUAUGAAAGCACACAUCUCAGUAGAGACAGCUCCACUGGGCAUCGUGAAGGUGAAGACCAGAGAUUCUGCUACUCAAACGGACCAGCCAAGGAAGAGUCGAAGAAAACAAAUUCAUGAUGCCCAAGGCUCCUGGAGAUCAAAAUCUGCACAAUGCAAGAGGUCACGCCCUCCCAGUGCGCUCCAACCACGGAGCGAAGGCUGUAUAUGUAUACACGUGUGUUAAUGUAUGCAUUCAACUCAUGUAGAGUCUAUUUGAACAAACUGGGUAUAAGGGAAUCGUCAGGAAAAGGAAUAUUGAAUCGGAAUUAAUAUACACUAUGUCAAUCUGCAGUUUCAAUGCUCUGGGUAAUUUUGAUGAUGCUGACGCACAGAACAUACAUGUUUAUCAUAAUAACAUCACAUAUGUGAUCUAUUGCCACAUCCUUGCCAAAGAUAGUAAACGAAUUACGUGCCAACAUUCAUUUUCACCUUCAUUCUGUGCGCAAUAUGAAUCAGUGUUAACAUGAAUGUUUUCAACUGUGAUUGAAUCUGGAACAUCUCGUUAAGUACGGCCUUAAAGAUCACAUAUACUCUAGGGGGGUACAAAUACA